UCUUUUUUGAUAUACCUGCAUUUUCACUGUGUUGUUGGCGAUACGUUUUAUUUUCCAUUACAUUUGACAGACUUGCAAUUCGGGUCACUCACGAAUUGCUAAGUUUUUCAUUUAUUUUCGCUGGUCGUUCUUCAAAAAAUUAUAGUCUUCGUGUUUUAGGAUUUAAACACACGGCAAGACAUAUUGUAGAACGCCAGCGAAUUUGGGUUAUAGUUCACUCAUCAAAAAUGGCUAACAUCACAAAAAAUCGUAAAAACAUCGAGCCACCACGGCCUUUGAAAUCAGCUCAAAAAUCUACUAUGAGCACACAGGAUAAUCAAGUGACAGAUGAAUAUCUUAUAUCAUUUGCUGAAACACUAUCGAACACUAUAUUAACGAAUCCUACGGAUCAAAGUUCACUUUGUGAGUUGAUGUGGCUGAGUAAUCAACUAAAGUUGCGUGGCCCCAUAUUAGAAGUGAAUUAUGGAGAUUCUCUGGAUAAAAUAUUUUUUAUGUUUCGAAACGUAUUACAAUUCGAUAAUCUGAAUUAUAAUAUUCGCUUGCCUUUAUUGCAAUUGGUAGAAUUAAGAGCAAACCGAUGGAAAUGUACAGAUGGAGUUAAUUCUUAUUAUCGGCCUAAAGUUUCAAAAAUUCAAGAGACAUCACCUAUAGAGCCAGUAAUUCUCAGUACUUCACCAGAACCAUUUAGCAAUAUAGCUCCUGGUCAGCAAUUAUUAGAACAAGGUGAAGUAGUACGAGCUUCUGGAAAAUAUAAUAAACCCACAAAGAUACAGGGCAAGAAUUAUUUUAAAGAUGAAGUUGUAAUAAGAAAUGCAGAUUCGGGAAAAGUAAUGGGAAUCAAAGGGAGAAGAGUCCAUAUGAUUGAAGAAUUAAGUGAGACGAUAAUUUCCUUUCAAAGAGUUAAUCCAGGAGCGAAAGAAAGACUAGUCCAGAUUACAGGACCAUCAGAGGAAAAAAUUAACUAUGGCAAGCAAUUGAUAGAAGAAACGAUUCGCCGCAAUGCAUCUCCUGUCCGAUCACCUGAAUGUAUUGCACUACUUGGAGGCGGUGAUUAUGAACCUGAUCCGGAUGUAAGAAAUUCCAUUAUGGCUAAUCAGGAUGACAAUACUUAUGAAUAUUCACGAAAUCGUUCUGCUAGUGAAUGUGCACCUGAGGAAUUUAAAUACUCUGUUAUUAUCGGAAAUGAAGUUAUCAAAAUCACAGGAACAUGUCUCAAUUAUGUUACUGCUGCCAAAUUAGAGCUGGAUAAAUUCUUUUCUAAUACAUAUUUUGAAACUGCAAAUAAAAAUAAUGUAGAAAAUGGCGAAGUUUUCCUUACUGCCAAAUCUGAUAUGAUAGAUGAAAUUACUGAUGGCUUUGGAAAUGGAUUUACUAUUUCCGAAGAAGCGCCAAGCAAACCCAUUGAAAGAAGAAAAUAUUUUCAUAGAAAGUCCUCCGAGUUUAAAGACUAUCCAGAACCAAGUGUCAAUAAUGGACUUCAUAAAUAUAGUCAUGAGACUUUAGUAAAUCUUUCCAAAACUCCUCUCUCUCGAAUUGCGCCUAAAAGUUUAGAUGUGAUGUCUCAAAACAAUAUUAAUCGCGCAACUAAGACUGGUGAAACCUUUGAUGCGGCUGCUUACUUCGCACAGGAGAAAGAUUGCCCUCAAACUACAGUGAUCAGUGCUUCAGAUGUUAAAGCAGAAUCUCCUGAUCCAGAAUAAAUAUAUUUAUGUAUUGCUGAAGGGCAGUAUUUUAUAUAUAAU